AUGAUGCUGAUCACCAGCUCGCGGGGGUUGUCCGCGUCAAAGUACUCCUCAAACUCGUACUGCGGGGACGUCACGGUGAUGCUCACCCCUUCGUCGGGCCACUGCUUGCAGAAGGUCGCGUACGUCCUGCGCUCCAUGUACGGCUUCUGCACCAGGAUGAGUGACCUGAGCGGCGGGAACCCUCGCUCGCGCAGGAGGGCGUGGGUGAAGCGGACGUUCUCGCCCGUGUUCGUCGAGGCCGGCUCGACGAGGAUGGCCGAAUCCGGGACGCCGCGCUGGCGGGCGAGGCGGGCGAAGAUGACCGCCUCCGGUUCGUCGAAGCGGCUGGCCGGGCGCGAGGCCGGCGAGGUAGAGGUCCGCGGCGCGGAUGGCGACGCGGGUGUCCAGGCUGCAGAGGCAGAAGAUGGCGUCGGCGGGCGAGGGGGUGUGGGAGAGGCGGUGGUAGUUGUAGAUGAGGGCUGCAUCCUUGGAUACCUGGUCUGA